AUGGAUCUGCGUUGGAUGAUCCUCCCGGUGGUUCUGCUGUGUGCCAAAGCCGAGGACCUGUUUGAGAAGGCAGGGCCGGGUCAGAGCGGCACCUUGACCUGCUCUGAACACCUCAGAAGUGUACUGGUGGAUGCCAGCGCAUCUUACGGGAUGAACCCGCUAGCUGCCCUCAGCAUUGACCGCAACGCUCUGGUUGGGGAAAACUACCGCCACCACACUGGAAUCUUUUAUCCUGGCAUUCAUCCUCUCUCCGCUGAAAAACCCCAGGAGCCCGGCUCUUCUCUCCCGCUUGGCUAUGAUCUCCUCUACAAACCAGGUGUAACCUUGUUUGAUGGCCAGAAAUUUGCAAAUGGAUAUGUUGGACUUUAUAAGAGCCAACCACCAGGGAUGCAGAAACCCCUGGGUGUUCCUGGUGCAGGAGGUGACGGUAUGGGUCUGAAUAGUGCUGGCAGCGUCGUGAGAUUGCCCUGGAUCAGCCCUUAUGCUGAUGCAACAAUGUACCCCUUCUUUGACAUGGCGUACAAGGCCUCCUUCCUGUCCCAGCCAUCGCCCUUCCUUCACCAGCAGCUGGCAUACCAAUCUCUAUGUGCUGCUGGGGCAGGAAGUAGCACACCUGGGGAAGACAGACUUUUCUACCUGCCUCAUUAUGGCCCGGCUCAUAUCUCCUCCCCACUCGGCCCUCUGAUCAGGAUGCCUACAGCAACUCCAGCUCCUGCUGUCCUGUCACCGCUGCCCCACUGCCAGGACAAGGCUUUACAGGGCCUCGGUUCUCAGGUGCACCAGGAACCCUCUGCCUUUAGUACCAGUCCCCAGAUCCACCAGGAGCCUGAAGCUGUUCAUCAUACCGAGCGACAACAUGGCAGCAGUAGCAGUGGCGCAAAGUCCAGUCAACCCACUUCCACCAAGACGACGAUUAGCAGCAGCAGCAUUGGUGGAAUUACUGGUGCCUCUGUUAGCAGUUCAGCUAACACUGCUGCCUUAGAGUCACCCCCAGUUAUUCAUCCCCCAUGCUCAGUUCCCCAAACCCUCAACAACAGCACUACAGACCUCCAGAAUUCCCUUUACAGAAGGACCUCCUCAUCCUCGACCUCACUGUCAGUGUCUCACCCCUUUUACAUGGCCCCUUCAGGCAGCAAAAAAACCAAAGAUGCCAGCUCAGACCGCAUUACUGCAGAGAUUUCACCUGCAAAGACAACACUGGACAAAGCUGUACCUCAAAAGUAUGCCAAAACCCCCAGGGAAAAAACUUUGGAUUUGUCUGCCAAAGAGUUGGAAUUGGAAUUCUCAAAUGGGUUCCCGUCUAAAUUAGAUGCUCUGGCCAAGUUGGGGUAUUUACCACCAUCUCAUUACCAGAACCCACCUGUUACCACUUCAGCAAAGACUACAGAUCGUCCUGAAGUGAUCAGCACUGUACCCUCACCUUGGGUUGUUCCGGGUCCUUCCCCAGCUGUCAGCUCUGCACAGCACAGCAGAGGUUCCCAAAUUAUGAAAAACAAGAGUGUAGACAAUAUUUCUCAAAACCCACCUGGCUCCAAGACAGUCAACAGAACCAAUAUUCUCAGCCCUGCCUCAGUGGGACGACCCUCUGCAUCAUCUCCUUCCCCUAAGGCCAAAGGUGAAUGGCCACGAGUACCUGCUACUGAUUUGGAGUAUCCAAACAGUAAAGGAGAAACUCAUUCAUGCCAUGGAAAACAGACUACAGCUCCUGCUAAGCCUGAGGCUCAAGAGAGCCAACCUCAUCCUCAACAGCAAUCUCGUGUGGGAAAUGUAAACUCCUCCAGUCAAAUCUAUGGUGACUCCUACCUCCCUCCUGGUUUAGGUUACACUAACCGCUACAUCCCAUACUCAGUUGCUGAGAAUAUCUCCUUGCAACGCAUGACCAUACCAGGCAAAGGGCCCGUCUAUAACCACCCAGUUUUGCUUGGCAACAGCAGCUUUUACCCACCUUGCAUUGCACCAAAACAUGGACUUCCAUAUAGCGUACAUCCACACCAGGGUGACUUCAUGACAUACCAGAAUUCCAGAGGGGUGGUCCCUCCAACUGUUUCCUCCCACGCAGGUCUUGACCGAAUUGAGAACCAGGACAAAACCUGGAAUGCAGAACCAUACAGGAACCAGGAGAGGCCGGACAUGGAUUGCUCUCAAAAGAGUGACAUCGAGAGAGACAAGGCCACAAACCAAACCAUAAAGGCUUCAGGGAAAAGCAUCUCUUCUACCAGAGAGGAUGUAGUAUGUAUUGACCUGGUGCGCGAUGAGGAAGAUGAUGAAUUGUCCACCAACAAGCACAGCUCCUUAUCUACCAUGAGAGAAGAUUCAUCUAAGCAUGGCGGUAACCACAUCCAAGAAAGUGAGCCUCCAAAAGCUCCUCACAGCCAGGCUACCGAGCGAAGACAAAGCUUACUACCAAACACCUCCCAACCACCACCCGCUCAUCACAAGACUUCCUCACCUCCUCCUCCUAGUGAGCAGAUCCUAGAGGAGAUCCCAGAAAUAGAGGAGCCACUUAGUCCAUUCCCAGACAUCCCGGAGGAGCAGACGAUGCGCUGUGCCCGAACUUCUCCACAGCAAUUUACUAGAAAAGGUAAAACUGGAGCCUCUGGUGAUGACUUGAUAAGGGGUGUUAUUGGUGGGCGGACUAAUGGGGCUAAGAGUGCUAGCAAUGAAGCUAAGUCAGCGGCCUCAGCCAAUCAAAAUGUUCGCCCUCAGCUAAGCCUUUCCAAAGAUGGAAACUCGUUGGAUUCUUGUAACAACUCUAACAGCAUCAUGGGAGCAGUGUGUGCAGUCACCAGCCCAAAGAGUCCAGUUUAUGGGGGCAUCUGUCAUCCAGACAAUCCAGUCUGCAGCAGUAAGGCACCAGCAGGUAGAGAUUUAAGUCUCCAGGUCCCAACAUGCAGGAGUUUUAAUCCCAGCAUUAUUAACAUCAGGGCCCCACUGUGUGUCAACGUCAACCCAAUAACGCCCACAUGUAACAGUGGAGAUGCAAACAGAAGUUUUGUGGGCCCGUGUUGCCGAAAUCUGGCUCCGAGGGCUCCAACUUGUGAACCCAGAAUUUUCAGCAGCCCAACUCAUGGAGGUAGCAACCCUUUGUCUCCAAACUCUGGGAGCAUACAUCCCAGAUUUACAAAUUGCGAAAACUGCAUUGCUGUGCGCCCAAUUAGUGAAAACAUUCAUCUUAGGGCUCCCACAUGCGGACAGAUCAGCUUUAAUUGUGGAAACGGCCUCUCUAAAGGCCAGUCUUUUGGAAAUAACCAAACCUGUCCACAUAACAGUCCCGGGGUCCCCACAUUUGUAAACAGCAGUCUGCAUCUUUCAUCCGGAAAUCCUACCAAUGGAGGCUUCAAAGUGAUGCCUGUAGAUAUGAGUCCAGAACCGGCAGUUGAAGACCUAACGUACGAUGAGCAAAGGAGAGAGAGCUGUGGAGAUGACAUGGGUGACGAGGAUGAGGACUCGUGCUGCAGUAAGGGCCGGCGCUCCGGCCUCACCAAACGCAUCGCCAACUCAACCGGCUUCCUGGGCGAUCGGAUCAAAUGUGUGACCACGGAGCUUUACUCCGACUCCAGCCAGCUGAGCAGAGAGCAGAAAGCCCUUCAGCGGGCGAUGCUGCGCUUCUCUGAGCUCGAGCUGAAGGAGAAAGACGGAGGACGAGAGGAAGACGAGGAAGAGGAAGAACGGAUGACGGCAGAGGAGACGGAGCUGGCAGAUGGCCAGCGGGGAGACGGAGGAGGAGGAGGAGGCGGCGGCGUGUUCAUCUCACAGCAACAGCGCUUUCUGCCCACAGGCAGAAACCUGUUUCAGGGACACACCUCCAUGCCGGCACCCGGGGGUUCGAGUCCCAGGACGGUGGAGAACCGGAGGCGCAUCUUGAGCCUGGAGCCGUUUCACCAGAGCAGCAUCAGCAGCAGCCGGCUGAAGAGAGAGAGGGAGGAGGAGAGGACGGGAAACCCCAACAAGAAGACCAAGCUCACCGGCGACUCGACCCUUGAGGAUGUCAGGAAACUCAAGGUCUGCAUUGAGCUUAACGGCCUUAGACUCAACAAGCCCCGCCUCCCCGGGGAGCUCAGCCAAUGGCUGCCCUCCAGCCAGAGAUCAGUGGAGGUCGACUGGAAGUUCAACAGGGACGAUGCUGUGGUCGGGGUGAGGUCAGAGGUCAACGGAGGCUGGUGUGGCCCCACGUCUGUCAGGAGGGGCGACCUGAGAGUUUUCCACAUGGCCCCGCCCUCCUCUCUCGCUCACCCAUGCAGCUCCGCCCCCCGGCAACCUUCCCCUGCAUCCUUCACCUCCCUCGCCUCCUCCCGCCUCCAGGACAAGCAUCAGAAGCUGAGGGAGAGCCGCAGGGUCUCCAGUUUUCUCCCUUCCUUACUUCCUCUUCCUCCUCCGUCCUCUUCGUCCCUACCUGACCGCCCCCCCUUCCAUUGCCACGCCGAUGACCUCAACAAGCCGAAGGGCAAGCGACCCUGCAAGCUGAAGCACACUGAGGGGGAGACGGGGGGGGAGGAGGGAGACGGGGGAGGACGUAACGAUGAGACAGGUGGUAAGGUGCCCCCGCUCCACACACACAUCCCUGGUCACCCCCCCCCUGAGGUCCGGCGGCUCAUCGUGAACAAGAACGCCGGAGAGACGCUGCUGCAGCGCGCCGCGCGCCUGGGCUACGAGGAGGUGGUGCUGUACUGUCUGGAGCGCCGGAUGUGCGACGUCAACCACCGAGACAACGCCGGGUACUGCGCCCUGCACGAGGCCUGCGCCCGCGGCUGGCUGGGCAUCGUACGCCACCUGGUGGCGCACGGCGCCGACGUCAACUGCAGCGCUCAGGACGGGACCAGGCCGCUGCACGACGCCGUGGAGAACGACCACGUGGAGGUGGUCCGCCUCCUGCUGGCCUGCGGCGCCGACCCGACCCUCACCUCCUACUCUGGCCGAGGGCCAAUCAGCAUGACCCACAGCGCUGCCAUGGAAACCUUCCUUGAAGACUAUCUGUCCGACCUCCAGGGAAGGUCGGAGGGCGAUCCAGGAAUCUGCUGGGAGUUUUACGGCACCUCCGUGUGCGAACCAUCCAGUGAGGUAGGACUGUACAACAUUCUUGCUGACCCGCCGGGGCCAGAGGAGGAAGAGGAGGAUGAAGAGGAGGAUGAGGAUGAGGAGCAACGCGCCAGGAGAGAGGUGUUUGAGUUUGAGCUGUCUGACCGGCCACUGCUUACCUGCUACAACAUCCAGGUGGCUUUGUCCCAGGGACCGAGAAACUGGCUCCUCCUCGCCGACGUCCUGGGUCGACUUCGGAUGACUUCCCGGUCUUUCCGGCGCCUUUUCCCGCAGCUCAACGUGCGGUCCGUCCCCGAGGACGUGUUCUACCUGCAGGCCUGCCGGUCGCAGCUCCUCACGGGUCCGGACAAGCAGGAGCUGACCUUCUUCAGGCCGGACGUCAAGGACUCUCUGGAACUGGUGGAGGCCACUCCGGAGCUCGCCGGCAUGCUGGGCUCCUCUCUGGAGUUCGUGGACACUCGCUGGGACUCGCCGGAGGCGUCUCCACCUCCAACACCACCACCCCCACCGCCGCCACCAACACUGCCACAGAGUUUCCACCCAUCAUUACCCCCAGAAGCCGACACUAAACAAAGCAGAUUUGCAGAGUCCGGACUGAGCCAAGGGUUUAAGACACUGGGUUUUUCUAAGAUGGAACCCAACAUGAAUGCCAAUAUGUGGGAACAUCCAGGAAGUAACAACACAGGGGUUCCACUUCCUGCAAAGCCAAACAUGACUGCAAGCAUGUGGGAACUGCAAAGACAACAAAGUAAGAAUACUUGGAACCCAUACUCAAACUCAGACUCUAAAAUGGACUCUAGGGAACGACAACAACGAGGAUCUGAAUCCACCAACACUUCCGCCAGGUCCGAGUCAGCGGUCGGUGCGAACAUGAGGGAACCACAGCGACUAAGAAGUGGGAGCGUCAUGAACUCUGACGCCAAAGUGGAACCACGCCCGAUACAAAGGGAGAAGCCUGCAGACUCAACCGGCGCCGCGAAUGCCAAUGCCUGGAGGCGACCAAACCAAGGGGGUACGCUCAGCGGGGUCUCGGACUCUACAAACCAAGGGGGUACGCCCGGCGGGAUCUCGGACUCUACAAACCCAGGGGGUACGCCCGGCGGGAUCUCGGACUCUACAAACCCAGGGGGUACGCCCGGCGGGAUCUCGGACUCUACAAACCCAGGGGGUACGCCAGGCGGGAUCUCGGACUCCAUAAACCCAGGGGGUACGCCCGGCAGGAUCUCGGACUCUACAAACCCAGGGGGUACGCCAGGCGGGAUCUCGGACUCCAUAAACCCAGGGGGUACGCCCGGCAGGAUCUCGGACUCUACAAACCCAGGGGGUACGCCCGGCGGGAUCUCGGACUCUACAAACCCAGGGGGGACGCCAGGCGGGGUCUCGGACUCCAUAAACCCAGGGGCUUCGGUCAACACACGUGUUUGGGAACAGCAACUACUACGAAGUAAAACCUCCUCCGAGCCUGCCGCCGCGACGGAGGCCAAUGUGUGGGAGCGCCACGGGGUGAAGAGGGUGGUCGGCGUUGACGGCACCGACGCCUACCACGGGAACAAGACCAUAAAGAUGGACGCCGCCUGGCAGAGGAACCUGGGCAACGUCAGAGUCCACAUCAGGGACCUAGGGAUGAAAGUGGGGGCAGUCCGGAGAGACGUGAAGAAGGAGUCGGGGAAGAACGUCAGGGUGAAGUCCAGGUCGUGACGACGGAACCAACGAAGCGGUUCUCCGUUCAUGUGAAUUGAACAUUUGAGGGGAACCAAGACUGUAAAUAAGUCGUUAAAAUGAGUUAUUAGUGAACGGAAUUUGGUGUAAAUACAAACGUCACGUGACUCGUUGGG